ACUACUCUGUGUCUGUGUGUGCUCUCAAAGAAAAUAUCUAUAAUUCGAGUGUGCCGCCCUUUAGAAAGUGUCGUCGUUUGAGGCAUCCACGGCCAAAAAAUGAAUGCGUGCCAUGUGUGUGAGACUCCGACGAAGAACAAAUGCUCCAAUUGCAACCAGGUCGCCUACUGUUCGGUGCAGCAUCAAAAGGAGGACUGGAAGGCGCACAAGAUCCACUGCCAUCCAUUUAAGAUAGCGAAGAAUGAGGUGCUGGGUCGCCACUUGGUUGCCACACGUAACAUCAAGCCCUACGAGAUAGUGCUGAAGGAGGCGCCACUGAUGCGUGGACCGGCACAAAUCUCGGCACCGGUCUGCAUGGGCUGCUUGAACUGCAUCGAGGCGAAUGAUCACAUCAGUUGCGAGAAGUGCGGCUGGCCACUGUGUGGACCCGAGUGUCCAUCGCUGACCGAGCACCGGGCCGAGUGUCAGUUGACAGAGGAGCGUGGCCAGAAAGUGAAUGUCACCGAAUUCAAUGGACCACAUCCGUUGUACACCUGCGUCAGCACUGUGAGAUGUUUGCUGCUGAACACAACAAAUCCGGCAAAUGCCGAGAAAUUCAAUCAGCUGGAAUCGUUGGAGCAGACGCGACGUGGCUCCAAUCAAUGGAAGGCUGACUUGGCCAGCAUUGGACAGUUUAUACCCAAAUUCUUUCGAACGCAGAAAUUCAGCGAGGAGGAAAUAAUGCGCGCCGUGGGCAUCCUGCAGAUUAAUGGCCAUGAGGUGCCCAUAUCGGAUCCACCACAUGUGGCUGUCUUCUAUACUGCCUCGUUCACGGAGAACUCGUGUGUGCCCAAUCUGGCCAAGAGCUUCAACAAGCAUGGUCACUGUGUGCUUUGGGCACCCAAGGAGAUCAAGAAGAAUUCACAUCUGAGCAUUUGCUACUCGGAUGCCGUUUGGGGCACAGCCGAUCGACAGCGCCACCUGAUGCAGACAAAGCUCUUCAAGUGUGCCUGUGAACGCUGCCUGGACGUCACCGAACUGGGCACCAACUACAGCGCCAUCAAGUGUGAGGAUCGCAAGUGUACGGGUCAACUAUUGCCCAGCAAGGCGGACGACUGGAAUGGCAGCUGGCGUUGCCUAGAUUGCCAGAAACAGGUGCAGAGAAAAUAUAUUGACGGCAUUUUGGAACGCGCCAGCAAAGAUAUUCAGAAUAUGGAAAAAACAGCGGAGAAUGGUUUCAAAUAUCUGAAGCACUAUGAGAAAUGGUUGCCCCCGCAGCAUUAUCAUCUGAGCGAGGUGAAAAUUCUGCAAGUACAGCUGAUUGCCAAGGAUCAGAAGGAGCUGAUGAUAUUAUCAGAUGAGCAGCUGCAGCUUAAGCUGAAAUAUGCCAAAGAUUUGAUUCAACUCUAUGAAAUACUUGCGCCCUGUGAGGUUCGUAUGCUUGGUACGCUCUGCUUUGAGCUGCACUCGGCACUUGCCGAGCAUACGCGACGCGUUGCACUGCAGACCAACCUGUCGCCCAAGGAAAUGCUGGAGGAGUCCUUGUUGUAUGUGGAAAAGUGCGUCAAUUAUUUGCAAUACGAAUCGGAUAUAUUUGUCGAAGGACAUAUUCUGAAACAGGCGAAAAUCAAUCGGGAUGCUCUGCGCAUUGUCAUUAGAAUAUCGUAAUUGUAUCUCACUUUAUAUUUUUUUAUUGCUUAAUUUACUGUUUGCGGAAUGUUUACAAAAUAAACAAAAUUUUAAAGCGAGCAAAAUAAACUUGACAUGC